AGGUAAUAUUUUAAUAAAAACGCUAAGAGGCGACAAGCAUACCAUGUUCUUAACCAUCUCCUAAAAUGAUAGAAACAGGUAUUUUUGUGGCUACUUUUAUAGCAGUGGUGUCAUCUCUUGCACCACCUCCCCCAGAAGGCUAUGUGUACGUUCUGCCUCAACGUAAUCUCACAGAUAUCGGGAAGCGUACAUCUUUCCGUUAUAAUUACAUAACGCAGUCGGGGCAUUGCUAUCCAUAUAAACCAUCAGAUACAAGCAUCCCUAUCUCAGCGACAAAUAAUGUCAUUGACAAAGCUCUCACAGUUUCUUGCCACACGCUAGCCAAAAUAACAAAGAACAUGCCCCGGGAAGUUUUCGUGUCGACGAGCAAAUCAGAAGGAGUUGGAAUAUUUACUAUGGAUGAAACUCUUACUGUUUAUCCUCAAAAUUCAGCCCUUGCUGACAGACCAGAGUGUUACAAUCGAUGUGAUGGACAAUGCCGCAAUACUUGUACUUUUGAUGGUCGAAAAUAUGCAAUGGUUCCAGGAAUGACAAAUUCAAUUAGUUUAUCGAAUAUGGAAUCUGUACUCUGCAUGCCGAGAGAUAUUUACAGAGGCACAGAAAGUAUUUUGACUCAUGAAUUUGCUCAUCUUGUGCAUAUCUACAUGGAGCAAAAAUGGAAAGAUAAGAUCAAAGCAGCCUAUAACAAUGCCCGAAGUGGUCAAUUAUGGCGUAUGAACAGUUAUUCGAUGGCUAAUGAAUAUGAAUAUUUUGCUGUGGCUUCUGAGUCCUUUUUCCACAAUAUCAUACGAACAGAUACCAUCACGACAGGCGGCAUGAAUCUGUGUGGUGGAGCAAGAGUUUGUUCAAGUGAAAGAAUUGCUCGUGAGUUCUUGCGAAAACAUGAUCCGAUGGUGUAUGAAGUACUUAUUUAUGCAUACACAAACAAUCGCGUUGAUAUUAUGUCAAAUCUGAAAGCAUGUGAGAAAUAAAGCAAAAAUGAAUACUGAAAA